GGGGCGGGGCGCGGCGUCCAGGCGGCGGCGGCGGCUGCGGCGGCGGCGGCUCCUCAGAGUCCGGCUCAGGCUCCGGCUGCGGCUCCAGCCCGCGAUGCCCCAUUCCGUGACCCUGCGCGGGCCUUCGCCCUGGGGCUUCCGCCUGGUGGGCGGCCGGGACUUCAGCGCGCCGCUCACCAUCUCGCGGGUCCAUGCUGGCAGCAAGGCUGCAUUGGCUGCCCUGUGCCCAGGAGACCUGAUCCAGGCCAUCAAUGGUGAGAGCACAGAGCUCAUGACACACCUGGAGGCACAGAACCGCAUCAAGGGCUGCCAUGAUCACCUCACACUGUCUGUGAGCAGGCCUGAGGGCAGGAGCUGGCCCAGUGCCCCUGAUGACAGCAAGGCUCAGGCACACAGGAUCCACAUCGACCCUGAGAUCCAGGACGGCAGCCCAACAACCAGCAGGCGGCCCUCAGGCACCGGGACUGGGCCAGAAGAUGGCAAACCAAGCCUGGUAUCUCCAUAUGGACAACCCCCUCGCUUUGCAGUCCCUCACAAUGGCAGCAGCGAGGCCACCCUGCCAGCCCAGAUGAGCACCCUGCAUGUGUCUCCACCCCCCAGCGCUGACCCAGCCAGAGGCCUCCCGCGGAGCCGGGACUGCAGAGUCGACCUGGGCUCCGAGGUGUACAGGAUGCUGCGGGAGCCGGCCGAGCCCGUGGCCGCGGAGCCCAAGCAGUCAGGCUCCUUCCGCUACUUGCAGGGCAUGCUAGAGGCCGGCGAGGGAGGGGAUUGGCCCGGGCCUGGCGGCCCCCGGAACCUCAAGCCCACGGCCAGCAAGCUGGGCGCUCCGCUGAGCGGCCUGCAGGGGCUGCCCGAGUGCACGCGCUGCGGCCACGGCAUCGUGGGCACCAUCGUCAAGGCACGGGACAAGCUCUACCAUCCCGAGUGCUUCAUGUGCAGCGACUGCGGCCUGAACCUCAAGCAGCGUGGUUACUUCUUUCUGGACGAGCGGCUCUACUGUGAGAGCCACGCCAAGGCGCGCGUGAAGCCGCCCGAGGGCUACGACGUGGUGGCGGUGUACCCCAAUGCGAAGGUGGAACUCGUCUGAGCUGGGACCCUGCUCCCACCCCUGCUUCUUAAGGUCCCUGCUCGGCUAGUGUAAAUAUGUUUCACCCUGUCCCUCUAAUAAAGCUCCUCUGCUCCACCUUGAA